AUGACUUCGAUCAAAACCCCGAACACCAACGACGAGUGGGCGGCUCUGAUCUCGGCAAUGCGAGACUCCCUACCCAGCACCUACAACGUAUACCAUACCCCACGCCCAGGAAUUAUCUACCGUUCCCUCGACCACACCCUAGUGCUCGAUUCCGCAACGGAGGAGGAUGUAGACAAGCUCUGCGCCGACGCCCAAUUUCACCGGUUCGCCUCGGUCUGCGUCCGUCCCAAGCAUGUGCGGCAAGCAGUACGGGGCCUCGAAAAAGCCCAAGAAGUCGCCGUGGACUGCGUCGUGGGCCACCCGGACGGCAAAGAGGACACCGAAUCAAAAGAGAACGAAGCGCGGGUUGCCCUCGAGCAGGGCGCGACGGAGAUCGACAUGGUUGUCAACUUCUCGUUCCUGAAACAACAGAGGUACACGGAGGUCUAUGCGGAUAUCCUUGAAGUGCGCAAGGUCGCAGCAGAUGCUAAGUUGAAAGUCACUCUUGAGACGCCGGUGUUGACUCGCGACGAGGUCAUUGCGGGUUGUGUCAUUGCGAGCCUUGCGGGGGCUGAUUUCGUCAAGUCCUGCACGGGAACUAAGGAGCCGUAUCCGUCGACCGAGACUAUAGGUUUGAUGAGGGCUACUGUCGAUGCUGUUGGUAGGGGAACGAAGGUCAAGGCGAGUGGUGAUUUCAAGACUUCGGAAGAGGUUAUUGAGAUGAUGAAGGCUGGGGCUGAUCGGGUGGCUAGCUCUUCAUCGGGAGAGGUUCUGGAGCAGUUGAAUAGUGAAGAAUUGCACGAGCAGGGUGCAUCACAUUCCAUGUAUUAA